UCCGGCCCCUAUAUCUCCUCUGCUUUUUUCCAGUCCUCUACCUUUAAUUUACUUCUAUUUAUUUCUCGUUUCCCUCCCCCGCUGUCUGCUCCUCUAAGUAUAUAGUGUCUUGUUCACUGAUCCAUCCUGCAACAAACUUCUUCCACUCUACUCCUUUUUCAUCUCCAUUUGCUCCUUAAUAAUCAUUAGUGAUCGACAGCACUUGAAGUUCCUGUAGGAGUCAAAAUAACCAGCUUAAAGAAUCAAGUUUGGAGCCUCUUAUCUCAUACUUAUAACAUAAGCAUGUCUAGCAGAAGGUCAAGGCAAUCAUCGGGUUCUUCAAGGAUCACGGAUGAUCAGAUAAUUGAGCUUGUCUCCAAGUUACAACAACUUCUUCCCGAGAUUCGUACCAGGCGCUCGAACAAGGCAUCGGCGUCUAAGGUUCUCCAGGAUACUUGCAACUACAUUCGAAGCUUGCACAAAGAGGUGGAUGACCUCAGUGACCGUCUCUCUCAGCUACUGUCGACAAUUGAUGCUGAUAGCCCAGAGGCUGCCAUCAUUAGGAGCUUAUUAGCUGAAUCUUGACCAUCUCCUACGAUCGAUCUCUCUAUAAUCAUCAUCAUCAUCAUUCCAGUACGUAGCCUGCUCUUGCUAUGCCGCCUGCUUCCUUAUCAAGAGCUAGAGCUGAAAAGAAUACAUAUAGAUAUAUAUAUAUAUAUGCAUUACUUAUGUAUGGUACUUGCGUUAUGAAACUUAGACGUUGGAUUACGACUCCAAGUCCUAGUCCUGGCUCUGGUUAGCUAGUUCUUGAAAUCUAAGCUCUGUAAAAAUAAAAGAUGUUGCUGUACUUGUACAUGGCAACACCUUGCACUCGCAUGUAUGUAUGUACCUAGUAAGCUAUAUUAUAUAUGAAGUUUUUUUUUUU